UCUUGUCAACGACAUGUAUAGUUUGCGCCAUUCUACAAGUCAUCCUUUAGGUAGAGAAGCAGAUUGGAGGCAGUUUUUGCUAGCAGUGGAACCAAGCGUAGAACGAGGUAUGAAUCUAGGUGUCUAUUCUUUAAAGAAUGCUCUGCAGGAAUAUGAGAAAUCGUUGAACGAGUGGUUUCUUUGGAAGAGGGAUAAGUUGCAAAUGCUGAUGGGUUCUGAAAGUAAUAGCCAGUUGAGGAACAUCGUUUCUGAAAGUAUAAAGGAUAGUACUACGGCUUUCCCUGAGUGGACUUUACUGGUACAGGAAAAACUAAAGGCGUUGACAAAAACUGUAGAACCGCUCAACGCUCAAUUAUUUAUGAGUCAAGAUUUAAAGUUUUAUCAAAGAAGGGUUUUUAAGAUUCUCAAAGAGUCAUUUAUGGAAGUUUUUGUGACUCGAGUGGAACGACGUUGUCGGAAACUCUUUGGUUCUUUUUCAAACAGCGUUGACAAGAAGUUAUCCAAGGUUUUAAUAUGGUAUAGGCACCAAGUCGAAGAAAAGUUGCAAGAGUUGGAAGAGCAAAGUGUCCAACUCGAGCAAGCUGUAAAAACAGUACAGAAUGCACAAGUGCGAGACUAUCGUUCAGAAGUCAGUCGUGUUUUGAUAGAUGUAAGUGGAGUUGUGGACUUGGUUUGGAAAAAGUGGAGACCUUGUUGGGACAAUAGAGAGACGGUUCUUUGCAACGUUCUUGAUAGUGGACUUCCACUGGUUGUUUUGACUGAAGUAUUAAAUAGAUUCAUGCUUCAAUUUCCAAGUCAAGGACUUGUAUGGAAUGCACAAGACUCUUUUUUGCAAUCAGGACGAAUAGAAAAAUGGCUCAUUUACUUUUGUCAAAUUGAUCCUCUGACCAAUCGAAACUUAUUGGAAUGGUUGCAAGAUACAGUAUAUUUGCUUUGUUGUUUAUCAGAUGACCAACUUGUCGAGUUGUCUACUCCUUUGGAAGCACUGGAGAGACAUUUACUGCGGUGUCGAGAAAGUGGAAGAUGGGACAACAAUCAUAGUCAGUUAAGUACCAAAAUAGAACAUUUGUUGAGAUUGUAUUCAUCUCUCGUAAAGAAAAGUCGGAACCACUUGAGUGGGUUCCAAUAAAAACACGGAUUCUAAGAGCUUGCCUAUCAUUUCCCAUAUUGCAUUUUUUCU